CAUUAGAAUUUAGAAGGUGUCUGUUAUCAAAUAUCGAGUAAUCGACUAUCGAUAACCAAAACCCCAAACCCAAAUCCCCUUCUGACUUCUGUCAUCGGAAAUCUCCGGCGACAAUGGAUCGAAUUCAGCUUCUUCUAGUUGGACUUCCACUGUUCUUGUUCUCCACUGACAUCUUCAACCUCUUUCUCUCUUCUCCUCCUCCUAAACCCUCUUCUCAUCAUCAUCACCAUCAACAUAUUCCUAAACCUUCUUCUCCAAUCCAACAAACCCUAAAUUUCCCUUCUCAGCAAUCGAAUUCUAUUGCUUAUGGCCGUACUGUUACUAUCGAUUUCUGCUCCUCUUGCUCUUACAAGGGCACAGCCGUGGCAAUGAAGAAUAUGCUGGAGACUCAGUUUCCUGGAAUUAAUGUUGCUCUUGCAAAUUAUCCACCACCUGCUCCAAAACGCAUCCUGAGCAAAUUGGUACCUGUUGCUCAAGUUGGAGUAGUUGGCAUGAUAAUGGCAGGUGAUCAGAUCUUUCCUAGGUUGGGAAUGUCUCCACCUCCAUGGUUUUACACAUUGCGUGCCAAUAGAUUUGGAACCAUAUCUGCAGCCUGGCUAUUCGGGAACUUCCUUCAGUCUUACCUACAAAGCUCUGGUGCUUUUGAAGUGUAUCUUGAUGGGGAAAUGGUGUUUUCAAAGUUGGGAAUGCAAAGGUUUCCAGGUGAAAUUGAAUUGAAGGACCUUAUUGGCAAAAGGCUUGGCUCUAAACUUGUGGAUGGUGCCGGGGCAAAUUUAUGGUCUUGAAACACUCCCACCUGAUUUUGGAAGAAGAAGGGAACCAGAGAAGGAGAGUCAUGGAGACAAAAGAAAACCUUACCCUAUCCUGGUUCAGUUAGCUGAUAAAUUUUACCAACCGGUGCUUUUUUUGCAUAUGUAAAUUUUGAUUACAGUACCGGACAUGAAGAUAGUCAUUAUCUGACAUAUGUAAUCGGAUUUGGAAUCUUGACUUGUACUGCAGUUUCUAAUUUAUAGCAUGGCGGUUAUAUUUUUUUCA